AUGCAUUUAGUUACCUCCAAGCGAUGCUUAAUGAGAUGGAAUGCAUGCCGCAUCCUUCUGGGAUUGGUCAAUGCCGAGAGCUUUCUUCUUUAUUCUUUAUCAACACAGCAUCCUUACCAGGCUGCUUGUACAUCUGUUUAUGUUUUUCAUUCACUUAAAUGCAAAGAAGUCAAUUGCAGUCAGUCGAAGGAUGUGGUGAAUUCGCAAAUAUCAAGUGCCUUCUCCAACAAGCAAACUUUUUCAUGUCCUCUGGCCAAGCCGGUUCUACACACUGUAAGCUUUGUCAUUGAAGUCUUUGGAAGUUUUCAGGCUGGUCGUGGUUUAUGGGAUGGAACAGACGUCGAAUUUCGUGGGGCCGCAUUUCCCAUUGGUGGCGAUGCUAACAUCGAUGGACUAGUCACCAUUCCAAACAUUUUACUGGAAUUCAACCAGAAUUUGGAAGGUGUUGCCCAUGGUAUGGGAACACGAAGUCGUCUUCCAGACUAUCAACUGAACGUUGCCGAAUCGAACACGGAGACUGAGUCCCUUCCAGAACAGGCAACUGAGCUGAUUCGCCGUCUAAAUUCUGUGAUGUCGUCGAGUGCCCUGGCGAGGAAAUGGGUACUGGUGACGAUUGCGACAGGAACUGAAGAGCUUUGUAAUCGCUGUGACUCUCCUGACCACUCAUCCAUUCGUCGUGCAUUGGGUAUUCUUCGUAAAGGAAUUCUGAAAGCUUUCGUGGUGCUGCUUGGACCGGUUCAUGUCGCCUCUUCCUACAAACUGCAUAUUAAUUUGCUUAAGCCUCGAUGUCGUUGUUUGGAGUCGAUUUCGACGAGACGGUAUCGUUCAAUAAUCGCUGAGUGGCGAGACGUUUUUGUUAGAGUCCAGAAUGAGUUUAACAGUCUAAACCACAGUACUUUUGGAGUACUGGCGAUUCCUUUGCUUUCAAUAGACUCGAGAGUUCCGGAGUCACUACUGGUUCCAGGAAAAAGCUUGCUGAACAGAAAAGGUCAUACAUAUGCAGCAAAGUGGCUGUGGAAUCGGCUGAUAGCCGGUCCGAGUUUCAAUUUCUCAAGCAUGACGUUUUCACAGGAUUCAUACUACUGUCCAUCAGUGAGCUGUCCUUACUUCCGCACCGUACAAAACCUCGAGCGAUGCACAGUGAUGACAGAGAUGGAAUACCAGAAUCUUCUCUUCACAACAAGUAGUCCAAGGAACGGAACGACGAAGGUACUCGCUGAAGGAUGCAGCAUGCUCUCGUCUACAAUUGUGUUUCCCAUCAUAUACUGCCAUGAAAAAAGAGUAGGCAGUAAAUGA